AUGCCAUAUGAAGAUUACUAUAAACGUUUACAAACUCGAUUCACUUCUAAACAAUUUUUCGUUCAACCUACUAUCACUGAUUUAUUCACGACGACGACGACGACGACGACGACGACAACAGCAUCACCAUCACUGCCACCACUACCAACAACAACAACAGCAACAACAAUAACAACUAUAAUGAAUUAUACGAAGAAUUUAAAUCGUGGAUCAAUAAUUAACCUUUUAAAUGCGCUAAAUGAUAGUUGCUCUCAAAUGGAUCAUUCAAUGAAACUGUUUAAAUUAUACAUGAGAGAUACAGUUCCAAUGUUUAUAUGUUUAAUGAUUUUAACAUUUCUAUGUUUUGUUUUGGCUGGUUUAUGUCUUAUUUUCUAUUUUAAAUUAAAUCAAACCGAAUCAUCUUUAGAUAAAUUAGACCGAUUAACUUUACGUUAUCGACGAGAAAAUGUACUACGCAAUCAACAUUAUCAAGAUUUAUGUCAACGAUACCAAUCUAGGUAUCAAUUAUUUCGACCGACGACCAAUUACCAUUAUAUAUAUAUACAUCGACAAACAUCAACAGAAAUUUUAACGAAUUUGAUCGAUGUAGCUUCGCAAACAUUUUCUUUUAUCAUUGAUACUCAAAAUGAAAUGGAACCAUUUCCAUGGACUGAACGUAUUGUACCAUCAUUAAUACAAAUACAAUUUCAAUCAAUGGAUCGUAUACCUCUUGUUCUUCUUAUUGAAGUUUUAUAUUUGAAAACAAAUUUUACAUCAAGAACCAGAGAUUAUACAAAAGAACAAAAAAUAAAACAACUGUGUAAACAAAUAUUUUCGCCAAACAACACUAUUUACGCUUGGGGAAAUCCAAGAGAAAAAUUGUCAUCAUUUUAUCCUUAUCAAUUAUUUUGCGAAAAUGAUUUAGACCAUAUGCAUUUAUAUGAUCUACAUGAUCAUUUUAAACAUUGGUAUAAAUUAACAUUUCCCUAUUCACUCAUCCAUCAAGGAAGAUCAAAAGAUCAACCGUACACAUUACAAACAGCUAUCUUUCUUGUAUUUGACGAAUGGUUAAAUACAAGAAUGCAGUACGCUUUAUGGAAUUGUGGCAUUGAUACAAAUUUGAAAACUUAUUAUCGUCAAUUUUCAUUCAAUAAUAAUAAUAAUAAUAAUAAUAAUAAAAAUUAUUACCAAUUUAUUCGACAAGAAAUUGAAUAUCGUCAACAAAUGCAAACGUAUGUUUUAUAUAAUUGUUUGGCGAUCAAAAAAAUAUUAUCUUUAAUGUUAAAACAAUGUCCAUUGGGAGCAAUGAGAAAUACUCCAUCAUGUCAAAUGAUCCAUUACAAACGAAAGAAAAGACCUCGAACACUUGUGUAA